UCAACAAUUUUACCACUAUGGCUGAAAAGGGUAAACCAGCGGAUCAAAGCUUCAUGGGUUAUAUUUACUAUAUUUAUUACAGGGAAAAUCUUCCAAAUAAGAUUGUUCUGAAUUAUUACGAGUAUUCAAUAAUUCAAUGGAAGUAUCAGGAAUGGGAAUAUAGGAAAAUUCUUGAGUAUCUUAAACUCAUUGAUUUUUCGAGCAAUAGGUUGGAUGGAAACAUUCCCCAAUCAUUUUCUAGUAUGAAGGGAUUGAUUUCCCUGAACCUAUCAUCAAAUAGUUUCACAGGAAAUAUAAUUCCAGAUAUUGGUGAGAUGGAAAUGCUAGAAAGUCUUGAUCUAUCGAAUAAUAAAUUGUUUGGGAAGAUACCCACAAGCAUGGCACGAUUACGGUUGAGUGUUCUUGAUUUGUCGAACAACGGUUUGUCUGGGAAAAUUCCAACAAGUACUCAACUUCAGAGCUUCAGUACAUCUACUUAUGCUGAUAAUGAUGGACUAUGUGGGCCACCUCUCGCGUUGUGUCCCGAAGAUAUCAUGAAGCCAUCCAUCACUAUAUUGAAGGAAGACAACUGUCUCUCUUUUAUGCAAGAAGUUGGCGUAUCAAUGGCCCUUGGUUUUAUGUUUGGUUUUUGGGGAGUUGUUGGUACUUUCAUACUGAAGAAAUCAUGGAGAAUUGCAUUCUUCAACUUGUUUGAUGCCGUUGGAGAUUGGUUUUAUGUGAGGAUUGCUAUAUUUGCAUCCAAAUUGAGAAGAAGCUGAAAUAUCAGAGGUGGACAAGCUGGAAGCUGGUACAACAAGAAAGCAACAACAACUAUUUCUCAUGAAU